UUUUUAAGGACCAAAUUACAAAAAUUAUUCCCUUCCCACAGUCAAGAUUCAACAUCUCCGCAAAAACCCCUCUCCAAGCCCGCCGGUUUUCCCAUCUCUCUCACACACGGUCACACACAAUACUACACACUUUUGCUCUCCUCUAUCACAAGUCACAACACGCAACAGAUACAAGAGAAUUCUAGAAUCAACGUCGAUCAAUCUUGGCGUGCUGCAACAAUGGAAGUUUCUCCGAGGAGUGAUCCUCCAUUGCGGCCGUUCGACGCGAAAGCUCUGGUCUCCUUCUACUCCAACUUCCUCUUCAACCGCCUGCUCUCAUUCUUUCCUAUCUCCGUAAGUUCCGUGGACGUUUUGCUCUCGAGGAUCCGCGGCGUCUAUGGCAGCCCAAAACGGCGUCGCCGGAAGACUUGCCUCCCUUUGCCUCUGCCGUCCGCUGCCACCACUGCGUCGCUCGACCAGUCUGCUGCGAUUUCAUCCGAGACAUGUAAAAUCACUGAGGUGUUGGAGGAUAUUAUUGGGCACACACUUCAAAAUUUGCACAGCAUCCAAAAGAAUUUGGGGUUUUGGCAGUCCAGAGCUGAGGGUUCUAGAGGUCAGAAAGCAUACUUUAUGAUAUGCGAACGGGGCCCUAGAGCAUUUCUUAGUGGAACUCUCCAACUGAUACGUGAUUCUCUUGCUGAUGGUUCUAGCAUGGAAAAGCUGUAUAGUUCAGCAUCUUCCCAUAUAUCUGAGAGGAUCAGCGUAUUGAAUAGUCUACGAUAUUCAAUGGCUACAUUUCUGGCGAAGGUUUAUAUGGAGGUUGACAAAUUCGGGGAGGAUUUGGUUAAGGAUCCACAUAAUUCAUUGCCCUCGUUAUUGGUUGCUAUCAAUGACCUCUUUCUAAAAUUGGAGGCAUCGAUUGGCCAUUUUCAUGCAAAUCGUCAGACUGGCUCAUCGGUGGAUGGAAGCUAUUCCCUUCCUUUGAUGUUUGUAAAACUUCCUGAAGUGAACCAGGAAGGUUCUCAGUGGACGAAUUGUGAGGUCACAGAUGCUGUCAACUUAAUUUAUGAAAAUCUACAGAGAUUGGAUUCCUAUUUGUCCAUGCUCGUUUUCAAACAUCGCAAGCCAAGGAAAGUAACUUUGCACUGGGUGCAAUAUAGUUGCGGGGCCCUUGGAAUUACUGUUUGUUCAUUAUGGCUUCUUCGCCAUAGCAAGUUAAUGGGAAGCUCUGAUAUUGACAAUUGGAUUCACGAAGCAAAGGAGUCAACUAUAAGCUUUUGGAACGAUCAUGUUGAGCAGCCAGUUCUGGCAAUUAGGGAUGAGCUUUUUGAGACUUUCAGGAAAAGGCAAAAAGGAGUAAUGGAGCGUGAAGAAGUGCAAUUGACUGCUGACUCCCUACAUAGAAUGCUGCUAGCUUUCAGUGAGCAGGCAGUAGGUAAAAAAUUUCCACAAAAUGCAUCUGACCAGGAAAUGCUUGAAAUUGUAAUGACCAGGUACGAGAAAGAACUUAUGCAUCCAAUCCAGGGCCUUGUGGGUGGAGAACUUGCUCGUGCUCUUCUUAUUCAGGUUCAGAAGCUAAAACUGGAUAUUGAAGAAGCAAUGCUUGAGCUAGAUCAGAUCCUGAGGGCCAAUGAGAUCAACUUUGCUAUUCUAGCUGCUUUGCCCGCGUUCUUUCUUUCGCUCAUUCUGCUCAUGUUGGUGCGGGCAUGGUUUAAACAGGAUACCCGAGCUGAAGGCAGGGGAAGAAUUGCUCGUAUACAGAGAAGGCUACUGCUAGUGGAAAUUGAGAGAGCUAUAAUGCAGUUCCAGAUUUGCAAAGAUCAAGGAUUGGAAAACGAUGCACAGUGCAUGUAUGGCCUGGCUUUGUGUUUUCUUGAUUCCCUAUACUGUGUGGUGGAGAGACAUGCCAAGACAACGGGUGAAUGGAUAUGUUUAAGACAGGACAUUGUUGAUUUGGCGAAGCCAGGACUCGAAACUGGACAUAAGCUCGGUAUCACGUCACGCAUGGUGCGCGUGUAUGAUUGUUUGCUCCCAUCCACAAAACGCCAAUAGUUAUUGUUCUUCCAAACCAAUGAUCACUUCAUGCAAGCAAAUUAUUUUGCGUGAAAUUUUGUCCCGCCUUACUUUUAAACACAAAGAGGGGGAGUAUGACUUUAGUGUUUUAGACUUUGCGUGAAAUUCACCUGAAAUGUACAUUGUCCUUGAAUCAUGCAAGUGUUUCUGUUUUCUGAUUCAGAUCUCAUUUUGAAGGAAAAAAUGGUAAUGGAAGUGAAUUCCCAUGCCUAUUCCAAAGUUUGUAAUGCACCAAGUGGGAGCCAGAAUUUUUUUAACUAGUCAAAUAAUUAUUAAAUAUGAUUGAUUGUUAAAAAUAUAUGUGUGGAUGGGUUGUGAUUUUUGAUUAAAAAUGUGUAUCAUAAUUAGUGAUUUGCGUUUAUA